AUGAAGGAUACUGAUCAAGAUUUUAUUACUAAUGAUGUCCAUUAUAAAUCAUCCAAGAAAGUUCCUGUUGUCACUAUUGAUUCAAGUCCUAAUCCAUUCAUAGGUAACGUUUCUGCUGUUGAUCAAAAUAAUGGUAUUAAUCAAAAUACAAGUCAAAUAUCUCAAAAUCAAUCAACUGCUGCUAUGAUUUCAAAUCAAUACCAAGAUAUUUAUGGUGAAAGUCCAACUCUGAAAAUUUAUUUACCUGGUAAUGGUCAAAAUCAAAGAGCUUCUUUACCUUUUAAUCAAAUUUAUGGUUCAAAUUAUUAUAAUCAAACUUCAACUCCAAUACAUUUCAAUACAGAUCCAAUUGAUUAUCAACAAAAUGGGAACUCAUUAUUAUCUCCACUAAAUAAUAAUAAUAAAUCAAAUAUCAAGAUGAUUCCUCAAAGUUUCAUUGAUUUUAAAAAUUCACAAUCUAUUUAUAAUCUGAGAAAUCCAAAUAUUGCUUCACCUGGUGCACCACAUCCACCAGUACCUCCACCUUAUCAUCAACCACAACCACAAUAUUUACCUCCACAAGAUCUUUAUAUUCAACAAAAUGAAUUUCCUUCAACAUUUCAACCAAGAUGUGCUCCAAAUAUGCCUCAUAAGGAAAAAGUUAAUGAUUGGAUUAGAAGAGUUCCAGUUUAUUUUGUACCAAAUACUUCAUACACUAUAGAAGGUGGUCAAUUACAAACAGGUUGGUAUAAUGAAUGCUAUCCAGGUGUUGUUACUGCUUCAAGUGCAAACUAUUCAGAAGAUGAUGAUGAAUUACUCGAUGAAUUAGAUGAAGAAUUAGAAAUUGAUCAUGCUUUUCAAACAUCUUUUGUUUAUAAUAACUCAGCAAAUGUAAAUAAUAAAGCUAAUCAACACCAAAGUCAUCGUUACCAUCCUUCACUUUAUAAUAUUGGUCCAUCUGGUUAUAAUGGUGUUAAUUUUGAUCAUCCAGAUGAAUUAUAUGUUGAUCAUGAAGAUGUUCUGGAAUUUCAAGCUAGGAAAAUCACUAAAUAUGUUAAGAAGUUAUAUCAACAAGAUCCAACUGAAUCAAUUGUUAGAGGUCAAAGUCCAACAAAGCAGAAUAUUUUACUUGAUGGAUUUGAUAAAAGUAAUUUAAGUCAAUUAUUAGAAGGAACUGAGACAAAUCCAGUGGAAAUUACAAAUACUAGUUAUAAUUUAAAUUUAACAGAAGCUAUUGAAAAUAUAAAUUCUAAAAGAAUUGAUGAAGAUAUUGAUUUAAUAAUUAAUAAUGCUGAUAAAGAAUUUGAAACAAAUCCUAAUUCACCAUAUUCAAAACCUACAAAGGGACAAAUUCCAGUUAAUUCACCAAUUUUAACAAAGAGAAAGAAAUGA